AUGCCUCUCCGGCAGACCCUUUUGAACUUUUACCGGUUCCGAGGUGCCAAUUCCAACCCCAACACUACACAGUCGUCAGAGACAUGGCCGACACUGUCGCGAACCGCCAGCUCCACAUCCUCAGACAAUGACCCUGACACCAUUGUGGUAUCUACGCAGCCGCGUAGACAACUACCGACCCCCUCGGAGAGUUCCUUCGACGUGUCAGCUCUAGAUGGGCACGUAGUUAGCAUGAAAGAAGUGUCCAAGGGCCGAGCCAGACGCGUCAGCCGUCGCCUCACAAAGAACGAAAGUCCAGAUGGCCCGGUGGAAAACGGGGAGGAUGAACAUUCAAAGAACAGAACAGUUAGCGGCGAGACUUUAGUCAAUUUGGACAACGCAGGCCAAUCAAUGUUGGUCAAAGAAAGUAUUGCUGAUUUGGAUCUGCCGUGGAAUGUGAGCCAAGUGUUGGCAAAGGAAAGCAAAGACGAUUUGUUGCAUACAAAGAAGAGUAGAGAGGUUUCGGACAAUCUUCGAGACGAAGAGGAGCAGCGGCAGCGGGAAGAAAAGGUCGCUGCCAAAAAGGCUAAAAUGGCGGAAAAUAGUCGGGCCUGGGAAGAAAGACGCAAAGCAGCAGAGAAGCAAGCUACAAGAAGAUCCUCUCGCGUUCCAGUCAUUGAUAAGGCCAGUGAGAUUGUGUCCAGCAUUGCUAGCAGUGUCCUUGGAAAGAGGAAAGAAAGACCGUCGGAGCCGAGAAGCAGCUCCCGAUCCAAAAGUUUGGGUGGUAUUGAAUCUACGUCCCAAUCUCUCCGCCUGCCCAAUCCAAAGAAGCGACGGGUCAGUCAGGGCGGUGCGGCCCCCCAUGGAGAGCCGGCUCAACCGAAGCCUGUCUCUCGACGACGGGAGAAGAAAUGGCUGUCGACAGGGCUUUAUGCUGGUCAGCCAAGAGCGUUUGAUGGCCGUCCGACUGAGGGGAAGAAGAGACACCAGACGGGAGAAAUUUCGGAGCCGCUCAAAGAGAACAAGGUGCUCCCCCUUCCCAUGUAUGCUGGAGAACGUCUCUUGAAGACGGGCCGAGACUUCAAACUUCCAUUCGACGUCUUUUCUCCCCUUCCAGCUGGCCAGCCCAAGCCGGACGAAUGGAGAAAGGUCAACAAAAAUGUCUUUGUCGGCGACGCCGCGCAGUCAUGGCGGGUGUCGAAAUUCGAAGAACAUUCAAGCUGCAUGUGCAAGCCUGAAACUGGCUGUGAUCAGAACUGCAUGAACCGCUACAUGUACUAUGAAUGUGACGAGCGAAAUUGCAAUCUCACGCCCGAGCAGUGCGGCAACCGAGCAUUCGAAGGCCUCCGCCAACGAGUCAAAAAGGGUGGGAAAUACAACGUCGGUGUUGAAGUGAUCAAAACGGUCGAUCGAGGUUACGGCGUCCGAAGCAAUCGCUCCUUUGAGCCCAAUCAGAUCAUUGUCGAGUACACUGGAGAAAUCAUUACUCAGGAAGAGUGCGAGCGCAGAAUGAAGACAAUGUAUAAAAAUAAUGAGUGCUAUUAUCUUAUGCUCUUUGAUCAGAAUAUGAUUAUCGACGCUACUCGCGGAUCAAUCGCACGGUUUGUCAACCAUUCAUGCGAUCCUAAUUGCCGAAUGGAGAAGUGGACCGUCAAUGACAAGCCUCGAAUGGCUCUCUUCGCCGGCGAUCGUGGCAUCAUGACAGGAGAGGAACUCACGUAUGACUACAACUUUGACCCAUAUUCUCAGAAAAAUGUACAGGAAUGCAGAUGUGGUGCGGAGAAGUGUCGUGGAAUCUUGGGACCGAGACCAAAAGAGGAGCGAAAACAAAAAAGCCCAGAAGGAGAUACGAAAAAGGCGCAGGGCAAAUUGGCUGGCGCAAAAAGAAAGAUCGCCGAUGCCAUAGAGGAAGGGGCCAGCCGGAUCACCAAGAAGGCCAAGGUCGCUCCAGCGAAGGGAAAGGCCUACAAAUCUGGAACCGGCAUCCCGGUAAAGGUUCGAAAAAUUAAACUUGUGGAGAAAGCGAUGUCUCGAAAGACCAGCGUUACCCCAUUGGGAGGCCUUGUAAGAAGACCACCGAAGCUCAAACAGUUUGUCGCUGGUGCUAAGAGUAAGACUGUCAAGCGUCGGGUUGUUUCAGCAUCAUCGACAACGGCAUUGAUUAUGAAAGACUCCCCGAAGGAGUCUGGCAAGCCACUCAGCCGAUCAUCUAGCUUGCGGGAGAAGGCAUCGAGUGUCAAGAGUCGACUUGUGAGAACGGUCAGACGGGGUCAAAGUGAGAAGGGCAGAAGUAUCCGCCCGGUGAACAAAUGA